CACUAGGUGGUCCUGGUGGUCCAGGUGGUCCAGAUGGUCCUGGUGGUCCAGGUGGUCCAUGAGGUCCUGGUGGCCCAUUUGGUCCAGGUGGUCCUGGUGGCCCAUCGGGUCCAGGUGGUCCUGGGGGACCAUCUAGUCCAGGUGGUCCGGGUGGCCCAUUUGGCCCUGGUGGACCAUCUGGUCCAGGUGGUCCUGGGUGGCCAUCUAGCCCUGGUGGACCACCUGGCCCAGGUGGUCCUGGUGGACCAUCUGCCCCUGGUGGGCCAUGUGGUCCGGUUGGUCCUGGUGGACCAUCUGGCCCUGGUGGACCAUCUGGUCCGGUUGGUCCUGUUGGACCCUCUGGUCCUGGUGGCCCACGUUGUCCUGGAGGUGAUCCAGGUGGACUUCCUGGAGGUGAUCCAGGUGGAGAUCCAGGUGGACUUCCCGGAGGUGAUCCUGGUGUACUUCCCGGAGGUGAUCCUGGUGGACUUCCUGGAGGUGAUCCAGGUGGAGAUCCAGGUGGACUUCCCGGAGGUGAUCCUGGUGGACUUCCCGGAGGUGAUCCUGGUGGACUUCCUGGAGGUGAUCCAGGUGGAGAUCCAGGUGGACUUCCCGGAGGUGAUCCAGGUGGACUUCCCGGAGGUGAUCCUGGUGGACUUCCCGGAGGUGAUCCUGGUGGACUUCCUGGAGGUGAUCCAGGUGGACUAUUGUCAUCUGGGGUCACUUGUCUCUUUAUCUUUGCAGAAAGACAGCUGGUUCCUGUGAUAAAGAGUUGACAUCUUU